ACGGCUCGUGAUUGGUUCUAUACUCGUAUCCGGUGGAGCAGCGGUUCGGGGAUUUGGAAAAAUCGAAGCGAUACGUUUGUUACGCUUGUGGAAAAACAUCUAAUACUGAAUCAGUGUCGAGGGUCUCGUUAAGAAUUCGUGGAUUCUUUUCAGAGGUCGCCAGUUAACCGAGUCGUUGCGAAGCAGGAGCGCGUCGUGAAUCGCCAUGGCAUCUGGCAGUACUAGCAGCGAGGAGGAGCGGAGUCUGAGAGAAUGCGAGCUGUACGUGCAGAAACACAACAUUCAGCAGCUGCUGAAGGACUGCAUAGUCCAGCUGUGUACCUCUAGGCCAGACAGACCCAUGGCCUUCCUCAGAGAGUACUUUGAGAGGCUGGAGAACGAGGAGGCCAAGCAAAUCCUGAAACAGGAGAAGGCCAGCAGCCGUUCUGAUUCCCGGGAUGAGGAAGUUUCUCCUCCCAUGAACCCUGUUGUCAAGGGUCGUCGGCGGAGAGGAGCUAUUAGUGCGGAGGUCUACACAGAGGAGGAUGCUGCGUCCUAUGUGAGAAAGGUCAUCCCGAAAGACUACAAAACAAUGGCUGCCCUGGCUAAAGCUAUUGAAAAGAAUGUGCUCUUUUCUCACUUGGAUGACAAUGAGAGAAGCGACAUCUUUGAUGCCAUGUUUUCUGUAACCUACAUCGCAGGAGAGACUGUCAUUAUGCAAGGUGAUGAGGGCGAUAAUUUCUACGUCAUCGACCAAGGAGAAAUGGAUGUGUAUGUGAAUAAUGAGUGGGUGACCAGUAUUGGGGAGGGGGGGAGCUUUGGCGAGCUGGCCCUGAUCUACGGGACCCCCAGGGCGGCCACGGUGCGAGCCAAGAGCAACGUCAAACUGUGGGGCAUCGACAGAGACAGCUACCGGAGAAUACUCAUGGGAAGCACUUUGAGGAAGAGAAAGAUGUACGAGGAGUUCCUCAGCAAAGUCUCCAUUUUAGAGUCUCUGGACAAAUGGGAGCGUCUGACUGUUGCUGAUUCUCUGGAGCCGGUGCAGUUCGACGACGGGCAGAAGAUCGUGGUGCAGGGAGAGCCUGGCGACGAGUUCUUCAUCAUAUUGGAGGGUUCCGCGGCAGUGUUGCAGCGUCGAUCUGAGAAUGAGGAGUUUGUGGAGGUUGGGAGGUUACAACCGUCAGACUACUUUGGUGAGAUCGCCCUGCUGAUGAACCGGCCCAGAGCUGCCACGGUGGUCGCCCGCGGGCCUCUGAAGUGUGUGAAGCUGGACCGACCGCGCUUUGAACGUGUCUUGGGACCCUGCUCGGACAUUCUGAAACGCAACAUCCAACAGUAUAACAGCUUUGUGUCACUGUCGGUCUGAGGGGUUUCCCUGUACCCCCCUCUGUCAGCCCGUAACACACACACACACACACACCCACCCACGCGCACACACUCGCUUCUCUCAUUUAGACCCAGGGUCCACCAAUGAAAUGUUAUUUUAAAGUUACAUCAUUUUAUCUUCCGUUUGCUUUUGACUUAUAUUCAUUUGUUUUAAAUCACCCUAGUUAUCCUUGUCACCUAAAUGGACACAUUUAUGUUACAGUUUGUUAAACACACCAGCUUCACACACUUUCUUUCACUUCGCUUACUCUUUUUAUUUAAUUUAAUUUUGUCUUUCUCUUCCACGAGCCGUGGUUAAUUGGGGAUUGGCCAGGCCAAUAACGAGACAGGACAAUCAAACGUACAGUAACGAGGCGAUAUAAGGAUCCCUGGGUGAAGGUUGUUUAGAUAUCUUUAAAUCCUCUUUUUCCCCAAAAAAGUUCAAGCUUGACAUUCCCAGAAACGAGUGUAUCCCUUUUCAGAUGAAAACAACAGCGAAAUCGUAAGGAUUGCAUCUCUUAUGUGGCUUUCAUGCUAUGAUAAUCAAUGUUCGUCCUCCACUGCACCAUUACUCCCAAUACAUUUUUAGAUCUACAAUUGAUUCCAUGUGUUGGUUCUUCAAUCUCAUUUACUACUGUUUCAUCUAGUUUAAGUUUGUACAACUCAACACCCAUACAUUUUUUGUUGUUGUUGUUGUACUGCUAACAAGCUAGUGCCAAAUGUUGCUAAUUGUUUCAAAAACUCAACCCCUAGAGGAUUCUUAUGCUUGGUCAGAACUAGUGGAACUCAUGAGAAGUACAUGUCAGUACAUUACUGGCUACAGUGUGUGUGGGGGGGGGGGGGGGGGCAUGGAGUAUUACAGUUUAUUUCAGUAUUCAGCAAUUUUCAGUAUACACCAAAUAAUGUCCUUGUAGUUCUAUGUUUUUAAAACAAAUUAUUAUUAUUAUUAUUGUCAUGACAAUUACAAACAUUAUUAUCUUUACUGACUGAGAAAACAUUAUGGCUACGGUUUGGAGUGAUCGUAAACUUGAGUACGUUCAAAUACCUUUUUGUAAACCUCUAUUUUGGUUGUUCAGUACCACGGCGUAAAUAAAUGCUUCAUGUCAACUGACGAAACCGUAUGUAGUUGUAUUGUGAAAACGUAAUGCGUUAACCUUUUAAAAGUAGGCAAAAGGGCUUUAAGGUCAUUAACAUUUUAAGUCUCCAAAUUGUAGAUUGUUUAAUGGGUUUAACACUUUAAUUAUUUAUGUAUUGGAGCUCAAAUGAGGCUUAAAAAAAAGAAUGAAUCCCAAUGACUUGGUGAUUCAGAUAUUAGAUUAAAUUGUCUUGAGUUUUAUAAUACUUAUUUUAAAGCAUUUUUGCAAUUAAAGCUUUGUAAUUAUUUGAAUGUGUUAUUGACAAAUCUGUGAUCUACUACAUGCUUACCUACAGCAUAAUGUAAAAUAAUGAGAAAAUGUUCAUGAGAGGGUUCUCCAACUGCCCAUGUGUUGGUCAAACAAUUGGUAAGUCACAAACAGUUUCACUCCUCAACUGAUGAAUCUUAAGAAUGCACAUGUCAUUUUGACAAUUAUAUAUUUUUUUUGCUAGUAACUCUUGCAGGAAUCUUUAGUCUCCUAGUUUGUAAUCCUGUGCAUUCCUGCCCCGCUGUUCACCCAUCCAGAUGUAGUUCUUUCAUUACCACUCUUAUUCCUUUCUGAGGUGUUCUCUUUGUUUAGGCUCUGCCAUGUUUCCAAUCUGAAUCUUAUGUACACAACAGUAUGGCUGACUGGAUGGAUUGACAUGUGUAACUGUAUGUUUGUAUGUCCAAAAUCAAUCAACAUGAUACUGAGUCAAUUGCAGUGUUGCCUACUUGGUCCAAAACUUUUGUAGUGCUUUCUGAUUCAGUUGAACUUAUGCAAUAUUGCAGGUGUCUGUUACUGACAUUUUAAACCCCUACUAACGAUUUGCUGAUGUUUAUUCUAGCACAGCAGUCCCAGUACCGAUAAUGUAAAAAAUAAAAGAACAUUGCCACAAGAUUCCUACUAACCAGAAGGCACACUGCAGUUGACCCAGUUUGCCUUAGCUUAUGUAACCCGGGCGUAGACACUUCUGCUACCCCGACCUUCAGCAAGUUUGCGCGGCCUUGCAGCAGGCUCUGAGAGCUGUGGGUCAUCUGAGGACCAUUCUUUUUCUAUUCUACCCAAUGACUGUACUUGGUUUGACUUCCUGUAUGUGCAAAGACGUUUAUCCUUUUGGUAUAGAUUGUUCCAGAUGGCAGUUUAAGCAAUAAAAAGGUAAAAUGAU